AGAGCAGCAAUCCGGAAAGAAAAAGAGUGAGAGUUUAUAUAUCAAAAGUAAACAAGUAGAAGAGGAAAAGGCAUAUAUGGCAGAAAGGCAGGCAGGUGCAGAUGACACAACAGAGCAGCAGGGUCAGCAGCAUGAGCAUGAUCAAGAGCAUGGCGAUGAGAAGCUGAAAGAGAGAAAGGUGUCAUGGGCAAAGCUGCGCCGCGUAGACUCCCUUAAUCUGGAGGCAGGAAGAGUUUCCAACGCACAAAGCCACGCUUCACAUGUGAGUUGGGGUAGGACGUUGAGCUUGGCAUUUCAGAGUAUAGGGAUCGUGUACGGGGACAUAGGAACGUCUCCACUGUAUGUGUAUGCGAGUACUUUCAGCAAAGGCAAAAUAGAGCACCAAGACGAUAUUAUUGGAGUGUUGUCCCUCAUCAUCUAUACCAUUGCACUAGUCCCAAUGCUCAAGUAUGUAUUCAUUGUGCUCUGGGCCAACGACAACGGCGACGGUGGAACUUUCGCUCUCUACUCCUUGAUCUGCCGCUAUGCCAAGGUCAGCUUGAUCCCUAACUACCAGCCUGAGGACAGACAGCUUUCCAACUACCAGCUUCAGACACCGUCCAAACGGUUGGGACGCUCUGAAAAGAUCAAGCACAAGCUGGAGACCAGCAAAGCUGCUCAGAUUCUGCUUUUUCUCAUUACCAUUAUGGGAACUUCUAUGGUUAUUGGGGAUGGGGUUUUGACUCCUUCCAUUUCAGUCCUUUCUGCUGUGAGCGGGAUCAAGUCGCUAGGCACAAACACUGUGGUGGGGGUUUCAGUGGCAAUCUUGAUCAUUCUGUUUUCCAUUCAACGAUUCGGGACUGACAAAGUGGGGUUCGCCUUUGCUCCCAUCAUAUUUGUGUGGUUUUCUUUCAUAGGCGGCAUCGGCCUUUAUAACUUAUUCAAACAUGAUAUUGGGGUAUUACGUGCCUUCAAUCCUUUAUACAUCAUAGAUUUCUUCAAGAGAAAUGGUAGACAAGGCUGGGUUUCCCUUGGUGGAAUUUUUCUUUGCAUUACUGGAGCCGAGGCCAUGUUUGCUGAUCUAGGUCACUUCAACAUCAGAGCCAUUCAGAUCAGUUUCUCUGGGAUCGCGUUUCCUGCAUUGUUAGCUGCAUAUUCUGGGCAAGCAGCAUACCUCCACAAAUUCCCUGAUCAUGUGGAAGAUACCUUUUAUGAUUCGAUCCCAGACCCAUUAUACUGGCCAACAUUCGUGGUGGCAGUAGCUGCUUCGAUCAUCGCCAGCCAAGCAAUGAUAUCGGGGGCAUUUUCGAUAAUAGCACAGUCUCUAAGCUUGGGAUGUUUCCCAGGAGUGAAAGUGAUUCAUACUUCGGCAAAGUAUGAGGGUCAGGUGUACAUCCCCGAGAUCAACUGGUUGCUCAUGAUUGCUUGUGUGGGGGUAAGUGCAGGGUUCAAAACCACAGAAAAGAUUGGCAACGCAUAUGGAAUUGCAGUGGUAACCGUGAUGGUGAUCACGACAUGCAUGGUGACUCUAAUAAUGCUGGUCAUAUGGAAGACAAGCAUGUGGCUGAUCGCGCUGUUCUUCGCGGUGUUUGGUUGCAUAGAGGUGAUAUAUUUGUCAUCCGUCAUGUACAAGUUCACGCAGGGUGGCUAUCUUCCACUGGCGUUUUCUGCUGUUCUCAUGAUGAUCAUGGGGAUUUGGCAUUACGUGCACAAGCAGAGAUACAUGUUCCAGUUGCACAACAAGGUUUCCAGCGAUUACAUCACAGACUUGGCCACCAACCCUGAUAUCAAUCGGAUUCCAGGAAUAGGGCUUCUAUAUUCAGAGCUGGUUCAGGGCAUUCCUCCAAUAUUCCCUCACUUUGUGAACCACAUUCCCUCCAUCCAUUCUGUGCUUGUUUUAGUGUCCAUCAAGUCCAUCCCUAUAAGCAAAGUGGCACUGGAGGAGAGGUUUCUUUUCCGGCAUGUGGGGCCCAGGGAUUUCCGGAUGUUCCGCUGUGUGGUGAGAUAUGGCUACAAUGACUUGAUGGAGGAGCCAAAGGAGUUCGAGCGGCAGCUGGUGGAACAGUUGAAGGAAUUCAUCCGCCACGGAAACUUCACCAUCGAAGGAGCUGCAGCUGCUAGCAGUGAGACUGCUGCUGCUGCUGCUGCAGCAAUUGGGGGAAAAUCAAGAGGAUCAUCAGCAAGAAUCUCAGCAGUCCAUGUUGAGGAAUCAAUAGCUCAACAAGCAGCUGAGACAUCGCGCGUGUCAUCGUCAUCGGGAUCCAUUAGGUCAUUCAAAGUGGCAACGUCAGCAAACACUUCAAGCAGAAAAUUUGUGCCGGCACCACUUCAGGGAGCAGAAGAAGAGAUGCUGUUCGUUGAGCAGGCAAGGCAGAAAGGCGUGGUGUAUCUCUUGGGGGAGACAGAAGUAAUGGCUGCACCAAAAUCGUCAUUUCUCAAGAAGAUGGUUGUCAAUUAUGCUUUCAACUUCUUGAGGAAUAACUUCAGGCAAGGGGAGAAACUCAUGGCUAUUCCUCGGGCUAGACUUCUCAGGGUUGGAAUGACCUAUGAGAUAUGAAUAUACUAUUCUUCUAUGAUACUAAAAUUGAAUAAAGGCCUGCCUUGAGUAUAUAUUUUUCUCAUUUGCUACUGGUUUUGAGCAAAUGAAUGUUUUUUUCUUUUUUCCUUCAUUUGUUUCUUUUGGUGUGACUGGGGUUUUCAUUUUGUAAUAUUAAUCUUGGACGUAUAACCUAAAUUAAUUUGUUUUAUGGAUAUAUGUAUAUAUAUAUAUAUAUAUAUAUGGUGCAUGUGUAUGGGGCCGGGCUCCAACUCCAAUUGUUAUAAGCGAUUGAUUGUCAUGGGGGUAAAAAAUAUA